ACAAUCUACAAGAACUUCCAGGCUACAAGCCCUUUUCUACUCACAUCUUCAUAUUACCACCCCAACUGCACUCCAACCACAGAUAUAUCGCCUGCCACAUUACAGACCACAACUUCCCCCUAGUUUCUAAGCCCCCUCCUCCUCCAAACUUCUUCGUGUUCAAGUAACAUCUCUCAUGGUCGAAGUGCUAAAGAGAAAGCUUGUGAUAGUAGGCGACGGUGCCUGCGGUAAAACUUCACUCUUGUACGUGUUCACUCUCGGAGAGUUCCCAACCGAAUACCAUCCAACCGUGUUUGAGAACUACGUGACUGACUGCCGAAUAGAUGGUAAACCGCUCCAGCUCGCACUAUGGGACACGGCAGGCCAAGAAGAGUACGAACGGCUCCGACCCUUGAGCUACGCAAACUCGCACGUGAUCUUGAUCGGCUUUGCCAUCGACCAGCCUGACUCGUUGGAAAGCGCCCGCACAAAAUGGAUGCAUGAAAUACGGACCUACUGUCCCAACACGCCAUAUGUGCUUGUGGGACUAAAAAAGGACUUACGACAAAGUGAAACCAGUAAAAAGUAUGUGCAGGUGGCUCGGGCUCAGUUUGUAGCAGAGCAAAUGCAAGCCAAAACGUAUCUUGAAAGUUCUGCCCUCACCGGUGAAGGUGUCGAUGAUAUUUUCGAAUUUGCGGCCCGCACCAGUUUAUUGAAUAUCAAGAAGCCUGUCAAUUCAUGUUGUGUUAUACUAUAAUAGCACUAAAUACAGUAAAAUAUAAUAGACGUUUCAGGUGAGGAUCAAGAUUAGCAGUCUUACACCUUGCGAGCGGGAGCCAACUGAAAAGUUUUGUAUACCAGGCUGUCAGCACAAUCGCCAAAGCGAAAACAGCCUCUUUGACAACCAAACGGGGUCCGCAAAAGACCACGAAAAUCACAUGCCUUACUCUGUUGGAUUCAACACCUAAGUUGAACGGAAGGGUGUCAAAACGCACACGAUCUUAAAUAGUUGUUUAAAAGUAUUUCUGAAUAUGGGGCCAAUAGUCUCCAAACGUACAAGAUAAGUUGUUGCUUAAAAGCAAUUAUGAAUAAGAGACCAACCCUUCAAUGCACUCCACUCUCAGACGGGGAGUAAAAUAUCCCAUCAUCACCAGGGUCUAGAAUACUCCUGAUUCGU